AUGAUUGCAACUGAAGUUGGCGAAUCUAUUCCGCCUAAUACUAGGCAUGCUAUCUCAGUAUGCUUACCAACAUGGGAAGCAUGUGUUGGCUAUGAAGAAGGUGAUAAAGAUGUUGUAGAUAAAAUGGAAACUGGUUAUCCAAGGUUCUUUAUUCACAAGAGUAUUCAACGGUUGACUAAGGUUUUGAUUGGGAAGUAUGCUAAAGAGGGUGAGGCGUGCAUGAUAUUUCCAUCUUACCAUGUUGCAAAACGUUGUAGAGAGUUUCUGAAGAUUAAAGGAGAAUGCGCUGGUUCCACUGGCUCACCGAGAUAUAGAAUACUACAGCUAUCUACAUCGAAGCCUCAAAAUGAUGAGGAGAAGAAAUGGAAGCGGGAGUGCAAGGUUGCUGUUGUUUUUUAUCCUAAGGAGUUGUUUCCGCUAGCGAAGAAGUAUUGGCAGCAUACGGGAGAAAUUGUGUCUAGUCGGAUGGCAGAGUACGUGUUGCAAGAAUUGUUCGAGGUUGAACGUUUGAACAAGGCCAAGAACGCAACUUUGCAGGGUGAGUCAAAUCCAGCGCAAAUGGAAAGUGGGGAGCCGAUCCGCGACGAAGAAGACUUCAUAGAACAAAGAUACGGGAGAAAUCUAGACAUUUCGUUUGCAGACGAGGCCAAGCUUCUGAUAAAGAGGCGCAUUGCGAAACAGAUAGUAGACUCUGUUGGAUCUGGAGGGAAUGAGGAGACUGCAAGUGUGAAUAAUGAGACUCCAUUUAUUGAAGGAGAAGGUGAUGCUGACGUACGAGAUAUGGCACGCCAGGUUCAGCGCGAAGAGAGCAGCGCGAACUUGCAUCCAACUGAGCCCAUCGCCCACCAGGAAUUUGAACAGAUUAAUAUUGAACCUGUUGACAGCGACAAGCAUCAGUCAAUUGUUGUAGAUCCAGUUAAAGACGUUUAUUUGUUCCCCAGUGGGAUGGCUGCAAUAUUUACGGCACACAGGUUGCUAUUGCAACUAGAUUCUAACCGCGUGAAUCGUAAAAAGCAGGAAGAAGAGGGCCAUCGUAGCCCAUUCUGUUCCCAAAUGGUACCAACUCGCGAAGUUGUUGGUUACGGGCCACCUUACAAGAAGACUGUUAUGUUUGGCUUCCCUUAUACCGAUACACUUAGUAUAUUAAGGGUUUUUAACCACACCCACUUUCUGGCAAUGGGAGAUAACACGGCACUAGAUGAAUUGAAGGCGAUACUACAUGGUGGCGAGCCAAUUUUGGCAGUUUUCUUGGAGACACCGUCAAAUCCUUUGCUGAAAAUGGGUGAUUUGGUAGAGCUACGCCGAUUAGCCGACAUAUACGGCUUCUUUGUUGUUGUGGAUGACACAAUUGGAAGCUUUGUUAACGUGGAUGUUUUACCUUAUGCAGAUCUAGUUUGCAGCUCUCUGACGAAAAUAUUUAGCGGUGACUCAAACGUGAUGGCUGGCUCUAUUGUUCUGAACCCCACUUCCCGCCUAUAUUCCUUUGCGCAGCAGUUUUUCAACAGCAGCAGUUACGAAGAUCUCUUAUGGUGCGAGGACGCCAUAUACUUGGAAAGGAAUUCUAGAGAUUGUGAUAGCCGUGCGCUGAAGUUAAACUAUAACGCAGAACGUUUACUGAAAGAUACAUUAAUACCUUUCGAGGGUAAACUGUUCAAAAAGAUAUAUUAUCCAUCCUUAACUUCCGAGGAGACGAAAAGGAACUACGAUGCCGUCAAAUGCUCUCCCAAUGGCGGCUAUGGUGGGCUCUUUUCAUUAACAUUUCUGCAUGAGAAGCAGGCCAAGACUUUCUACAAUGAGCUGAAACUAAGCAAAGGCCCCUCCCUGGGAACGAACUUUACUCUAGCAUGUCCAUACACAGUGCUGGCUCACUACGCAGAGAUCGAUGAAGUUGCCAUGUAUGGCAUUGAAAAGAGCUUAGUGAGGGUUUCUGUUGGUUUAGAAGACAUUGAAUACCUGAAAAAGGCUUUCUUACACGCAGCUGAAGAAGCUCUUAAAGUAUAA